AUCUGACUCUGACAGCAGAAAAUUGAAAUCGGUUUCCUUGUCGAACGAUUUUGGAUUGGAUUUUCUUCUCUCUCAACCAAAAGAGUUGAUUUUCUCCUCAACAUUUCAACCAAAAGACCUAUUUAACUUUGAAAAAUCAUUCUGCGAGUGUUUAAUUAAUCGUUUUUACUACACAAAAAGUGUUUCCAAUCGAAUUUAUAUAUUUCAUAAGCUUUCGUAUUUUUCAAUAGUUUUCUACACACCACAUAUCUCGGACCAAAUGUUCUAUAGAUUUUUCCACUGAACUCAUCUCGCCUCGAUCCGAUCGAAUGGAGUCGUCACCAGAAAUUAUGGUCUUGCAGGCCCUCAAAGCGGCCACCGAUCAGAAUGUUGACUUGGUCAAGAAAGCCGAGCAAAAACUUAGCGAAUGGGAGCAGCAGCCGGGGUUUUUCCCAACCCUCAUGCGAAUUCUAAGAAACCAACAAUUCGAUAUCAAUGUGCGCUGGAUGGCGGCGGUGUACCUCAAAAACGGGGUCAAUAGGUAUUGGAGGAAGGGAAUCAAGAACGAGUUACCAGCUGCCGAUAAGUCGGAGAUCCGUCAAAGCUUGUUGGAGAAUUUCUGCGAGCCUGUGCCGCAGGUUGCUACACAAAUCGCUUUAUUGAUUGCACAAAUAGCCAGGUUGGAUUACCCCAGGGAGUGGCCGGAUUUGGUGCCGGUUCUGCUGAAGAACAUCCAAACAACUGACAGUCUGCAGCAGCAGAGGGUUUUAUUGAUAUUCCAUCAUGUCAUCAAGGCGCUAAUGUCGCGUCGCAUGAUGGCCGAGAGGAAGAUGUUCGAAGAGUUGACGGCGAAUAUCUACGAGUAUAUUUACGAUUUGUGGGAUGGAUUCUCGAAUUUGUUUAUUCAUAGCCUUGAGAAUUCACAACCCGAGGAGGCAUUUGUUCACAUGGAGAAGGCCCUGUUGACGCUGCGCACACUAAGGAAGCUCACUAUUUCCGGGUACUCAAAGCCACAGUUGUCCCCAAGAUGCAUGCAAUUUCUUCAGAUAAUUUUCGGAAGACUAAAACAAUGCCUAGAAUGGCGUUACCAGCUUCAGCGCCUCAAUGCAGCCGACAAAUUAAUUGAACUGCUGGAAAAGUUCAUCCUAAAACAAGUUAAAACUCUAAAUGAGUUUCUUGAACAUCAUCCGGCGGCAUUUUUGCGAUUUGUAUCGCCAGCGCUGGAAUUUUCCUUCAACUAUGUUUUCCAUGAAGGCACCGUUCUCGUGUUUGACGAUGGAAAUGUUGUUAAUUUCCCCCAAUUUACUAUUCACUGCAUAAAUUUAAUGAAAGGCAUUUUACUAUGCAAUUUGUAUAGUGACAAAUUGAAAGAUAGUCUGCCCACAGAAGAGAGUCCAGUGCCUUUGUCGGAGUUCUUUACUUCGGAGCGAAUUUGUUAUAUUUGCGAGAAAAUAGUCACUCAUUAUUUCCUGUUAACUCAAGCUGAGUUAGAACUAUGGGUUGAAGAUGCAGAGUCAUUCUCACAAGACGACGCCGGUGGCGAUAGUUGGAAGUACUCGCUGCGACCCUCUGUGGAGAGGCUCUUUUUAACCGUAAUGAAUAUAUUCCGCACAGACAUGACCACAGAAACGCUGAAGUACAUCCGCAAAGCUCAACAAAUCAAUCUGACUCCUCAAUCAGACCUCGAGGAUAUUCUACUUAAAGAUGCCAUCUACUAUGCAGCUGGACUUGCUUCCUUCAAUCUCUUCGACGAGAUCGACUUUGAUAUGUGGUUCACGAAUCAGCUUUUGGCUGAGAUUAAAAUCGAUUCCGACAAUUUUAGGAUCCUGAGACGAAGGGCCAUCUGGCUGACAGCACAAUGGGCAGCAGUGAAAUUCUCCCGAGAUUUACGCACAGUGGCGUAUGAAGCCUGCUUGCAUCUACUUCGACCCGCAGAAGACAUGUCCAUUCGUUUGGAGUCAUCGAAAACCCUAGCGGCUUUGAUCAACAGUUUUGAGUUCGAACCGGAUCCCUUUAAUCCCUAUUUGGAGCAAACCUUCUCCGCUUUGUUUGUGCUGCUAACCGAGUCCAAGGAAUGUGAUACCAAAAUGAAUGUUCUAUCGAUUAUCAACGGAAUCGUGGAGAAGAUGAGCGACCAUGUUCAAUCGCAGGCCGAUAACCUCAUUGCAUACCUUCCAGUUCUGUGGACAGACAGCGAGGAUCACAGCAUGCUAAGGUGUUCGAUCAUUUGUACUCUUCAACAGAUUAUCAAAGCUCUCCACGAAACUCCCGAGCCAAUGAAACCCUUCCUAUAUGUCGUGAUUGGAUUGAGCACUGAUAUCAAGGAACCCUCACAUAUUUAUCUCAUGGAGGAGGGUCUCUCUCUUUGGUUAUCCGUGAUGGAGAACAGCACAGUCAUAACUCCGCAGCUCUUAGACAUCUGCAAGAACCUACUUCCUAUAAUCGAAGGUUCGUCGGAGAAUUUCCGCACGAUACUGUUCAUCAUUCAAGCUUAUAUACUCCUUUGUCCGCGUGCAUUCCUAGAACGCUACGGCAAGCAAUUUGUCGACUUGUGUUCACGUAUGUUGGAUGAUAUUCGACCCGAGGGCAUCGUCGUCAUAAUGAAGGUGUUCGAGACGAUGUUGAAGGCAGAUUCGGCGUAUGGUUUGGACAUUCUCGAACCAGUGCUUCCCCAUAUUUUCCGACAAAUCUACGACAAUAAGGAAUUCCCAAUGGUAAUGAGCACCUAUCUUACGAUAGUGGCCCGAGUUCUCAUCAUCAAUCAGAGUGUAUUCUCUGACGUCAUUCUGAAACUCAGCCUACCCAAUUCUUUGGAAACUAUUAUUGACGUUUGGAACGCUAAGAUGCCACUAGUCUCCGAGCUAGAGAAGAGGAAACUUCUCAGUCUCGCUCUGGCAUCUCUAUUUACCGUGAACAAUGUAGCCAUACACGAGCGCUUUCCAGCUUCAAUGCAAAAUAUCUCCGAGGUUCUGUCCGAUGUUAUGAAGGAGGAGGAUGCGAAGAGUGAAGGCGGACGCAAGUACUACGACUGUCUGGUAUUUCAAGAUGAAAACGAUUUGGACAUAGCUAGCAAUGAUGGCAGCGGGUUUGGAGCAUUCUUGGGAGGCAUAAGUGAUGGAGAAAAUCAAGCCCACCACUACGAUCGUUGUCGUCAGCUAUCGCUAAAGGAUCCCGUCCACACAAUAGUCCUCAAAGACUACGUGGGCUGGCAAUUGAAUAGCAUGCGUUCGCAAUUAGGUGAUAUGGGUUAUCAAUAUCUAAUGAAUACAGUCUAUCCGGGAGUGCUGACAAAUAUGAGCGAAUAUUUGGAUCUAUCGAUUAUACCUAAGGCUGUAAACUAAUUAAAAAUUAAAAAUU